AUGACACCAGCCGAAACUCAUGCGGCCCAAGAGAUACCGAUGUACGCGAUGAAGCACGAGCCUGAAUCUAACUCAUCGUGUCGGGCGGUCACGCCUGGCCCUGAUGCUAAAGAGCGUCAUCUCUUCCUCGGCCCACUCCGCAUGAUUCGCAGAACAGGAGUCGCUCUUCGCCAGGAUGACCGCGAGCAGCUGUUCACCUUUAUUGACAGCUACAUGUCCGAUUCUCUGCAUACGGUCGUAGAACGGGAUGGCAUUCUGCCCAACGUCGUCUACGGGGUUAGUAUUCCUAUGACAGACGCCAAUUGGGCAAAGUACAGCCAACUCCUUGCUGUCUUCGGAUUUGCGAGCGGUAUGCACGCUAUGCUUGCUGUGGGGUCGGACGAGUUCGACAACUACACCUAUGUCGUCGACGGUACAAGUGCAAUGCACGUGGAGGGUUGGAAGGUUCUAGCGAGUGCGAGUGAGAAAAAAUCUCGAUAUGAUAAUGCUUUCAUAAGAGCUGGUAAAGGUCUGGGGGAUAUGUGGUUGAGGGUGGAGUUGAAUACGCUGGUUCCAUCGAGGAUUCUGAGCAGUAGCGAGUUGGAGCGAAGUUUGUCAUAA